AUUGCUAUAUAUAUCUUCUCCAUCACACUCUUCGUGUUCUCCGCCACCUUCUACCUUUUCUCUCCAUUUUUCUUCUGCGGCUUUGUACCUUCACGACUCACCACAAUGGCCACCAAUACACUCGCGGGGUCAUCACUCUCCAUGCGAUCUCUAACUCCCCAAACGCAGGCCUUCACCUCACUUUCUGGCCGGAGAUCUGCUCUGAUUUCCAGCUUUGGGAGAAAGAACGUUUCUUUUAACUUGCAGCCAAAACAAAUUCGCCUUCAAAUUUCCUGUGCUGCUAAAGCAGAGACAGUGGACAAGGUUUGCGAAAUAGUAAAGAAGCAGUUGGCCGUGGCUGAAGGUGAAACUGUGACCGCUGCAUCAACAUUUCAAAAACUUGGAGCUGAUUCCCUUGACACGGUUGAGAUCGUGAUGGCACUCGAGGAAGAAUUCGGUAUUGCCAUUGAGGAAGAGAGGGCACAGACCAUCACUACAGUUCAGCAAGCUGCAGAUCUUAUCGAAGAUAUCAUUCAAAACAAGAGUUCUUAGAAUAAACAUGUACCAGAAGGUUUGAGUAAACAUGAACUCAGUCUCCAUACCAGUCAACAUUUAUGGUGUGGGGCAAUUUUGAGUCUCGAGUGUUUUAGUUGUGAACUCUGUUGCUUGAUAAGAUAGUCUGGGAAGACAAGUUAGCCCAGGGGAAUUAGUUUUAUUAAGUCGUCUUUUUUGCAUUAAGUGGUUUAUGUCAGUGAUGUUAGUUUUACCGGAGAUAAGAUUAUUUAUGUCAAUGACAUUUUAUGUUAAUUUUAUUUAGUUCUCAA